AUGAGGAAGAAAAGAGAAGACAAGAGGAGGAAAGUCAAGGCUACUUAUUGUUUCAAAGGAUCCAAAUCCCAAACAGUGAAGGAGGGGAACCGAGGGGGAACAGCAAAAUCUAACCUCAGGCAUGCAUUUUCCGGUGCCAAUGAAGGCAGGUCAAGCACCAACUGUAUCGGAAUCAGCCAUCAACGGAAGCUGGUGCUAGACUCGGGACACCACGCUCCAUCUCAGUGGCCCAGAGUUCCACUGUCAGGUGAUGUCCUUGUGCCUCCAGCCCGGUUCCCCGAAGCUACUGGCGAAAAGAUAAUCUUUUUUUGCCAUUUAGUCUGA